GAACGCAAGUCACAGAGCUGAGAAGAUCUAGGCGGUGACAGCAGUCAAGGCCUGUGGAUUCCCAUCACGCACCCCCUGCCCAUACUGCUUUGGCUGCCUGACACGAAGUCAUCAUGCCACGAGCUCCAAAACGUCAACGCUACAUGCUUGAGGAAGACCUUCCACCCCAAAAGGAGGCACAGGGCCAUGUGGAUGCACAGAUUCCUGAGGCUGAGGAAGAGGAUUCUUCCUCAUCUUCUUCCACCUGCUCCUCCUCUUUCCCUCUCUCUUCCUCCUCCUCUUCCUCUCCCUAUCCUUUGGUUUCAAGUACCCCUAGUACCCCAGAGGCAGUUUGUGCUGCUGUUGGGACACCAAGUCCUCCCCCGAGCCCUCCAAGUGCCUGCCCCUCCACCACUUCCAUUCCCACUGCAACUCCAUUGAGCCAAUCCAGCAGCCCAAAAGAGGAGGGUCCAAGUACCUCUCAGGCCCUGCCACACACAGAGGUUUUGCCAAGAUCCGUGAUUGAUGAUAAGGUAGCUGAUCUGGUUAGGUUCCUGCUCCUGAAGUAUCGCAGAAAGGAGCUGACCACAAAGGAAGAAAUGCUAAGUAGCAUCCUCAAAGAGUACCAAAACCACUUUGCUGUAAUCUUUAGUGAAGCCUUUGAGUGCAUGCAGCUGGUUUAUGGCAUUGAUGUAAAGGAAGUGGACCCGACCAACCACUCCUAUGUCCUAGUCACUAAACUGGGCCUUACCUAUGAUGGAAUGGCGAGCAGUGAGCAUAGUGUGCCCAAGACCGGCCUUCUGAUAUUUAUCCUAAGUAUAAUCUAUGUGGAGGGUAAUUGUGUACCUGAAGAGAAGAUAUGGGAAGCAUUAAAUGUAAUGGGGUUGCAUGCUGGGAGGGAACAUUGCAUGUAUGGGGAGCCCAGGGAGCUCAUCACCAAAGAGUGGGUGCAGGAACAGUAUCUGGAGUACCGGCAAGUGCCUAACAGUGAUCCUGCAUGCUAUGAGUUCCUGUGGGGUCCCAGGGCCCACGCUGAAACCAGCAAGAUGAAAGUCCUGGAGUUUUUGGCCCAGAUCAAUGAGACUGACCCCAGAUCCUUCCCACACUGGUAUGAGGAGGCUUUGAGAGAUGAGGAACAGAGAAACCAGGCCAGAAUUGAUACCACAGAUAAUACUACUGCCAUGGCCAGUGCAAGUUCUUGUGCCAUGUAGUGAGGGCCAGACAGGGCCUGAAG